AUGGCUUCCACUGGAAACCACGUUCACCGCGUUCCGUUUUUAUCUGCUACAGGUCAGCCGCCGGCUUCUACCUUCUGCCCUAGGAAUAAAAAGUGCCGUGGAUGGUCCAUCUGCGAUAUCUUCUGUCGAUGGUGCCAGCGCAAACCGCAUGCUAGUGUCAGACAGUCACUGGGCGGCUUUGAUGUGGACUACCUCCGAGGCCCUGGCUGUGGCAAGGACAGGGGCAACUUCCUCAUGACGCUCUACAUCACGGUCAAAUUCAUGUACCUGAUAAACGCUGUGGCGCAGGUCUACUUCAUGGAACAGUUUGUCGGCUCCAACUGCAGCUUCUACGGGGCCCGUGUACUGGCUGAUCUGGUCCAAGGCCGAGAUUGGCAGGAAUCGGGUCACUUUCCCCGUGUCACUUUCUGCGACCUGGAGGCUAAAAAGUUGGGCAAAAACCAC